CCCGUUGGAGUCUUGUGAAGAUGUCCGACUCCUCUGCAUCCACCCCUGCCCUGCUUACGCCGGAGUCUACGGGAUCUUCAGCACCGUCGUCGACUGCGGAAAUCAAGAAGUCGAGGCGGCAGACAGCGUUCUACCCUAACAUGAACAAGUCCGCGAAACCACAGAAGCCGUUCAGCAGGAGUGCAGCGAAGAGGGAGAGCGUGAUGGCGCUGGGUAGUAUCGAGCAUCUACAGCACUACUUUACGAAAACCGGACUCAGUGCGCAACAAGAGACGGCAGGGAAGCAGAAGAAAGGCCUCGUGCCAGCCAUCGGGGGACUACAGAAUAUUAGCACCCAGGUCGCCAACCAGUUGGGACAUACAGAGCUACCGCCAACGCCUGCUGUACCACAGGUCGAAAGGCCCGCGUUCCCGCCGUAUGUCAAGACAUUCGAGACGAACCCGGAGGCCUUGCGCGCAGGGGUGGUCGACGACCUCAUCUCUGUCGCGCACGCAUGGGAGCUAGAUGACGGACCUCCCGCCCAGCACACCGAUCUGGCUCUACUCGGCGUAAAAGGAGAGCCUACCGGCAACGUGGACGUGCUCAACCUGCUCAAGAUCAGCACACACGCCGUCCGGUCAGUCAGGAAUUAUCUGAUAUCGCUCCCGGACGACUCAAUCGUGCGGAUACGCGACGACUUCCGCCCCAAAGUCACCCCGAGUAAGCCCAUCGUCAAGCGGCAGGCCUCGCCCGGUAACAUGCAGUCGGACCCCCUCAUGAUGAUCCGCCGAGCCGCACUGGAGGUGCUCACCGUUCUGCGCGAGCUCGAGGAGAAGUCGCGGCUGCCACUGUCGGACGAUGCGUACGAUGCGCAGAGCGAUCACGGCUCGUCCUCGCACGACGCGGGCUCGCACUCGCGCGUGGCGUCGCCGAGCAAUCUGGCGGAGGACACGGACCAUGAGGACGCCGAGCCUGCCAUCGCGUUCUCGCUCGUCAAGGUGCGUGGCCGGGACGAGUCCAUCCCGGUAUGGGAAGAUGACACCGUGGAUAUGAAUGACAUGAGCGCGGAGGAGAUGGAGAAACGCGAGCGCUGGGACGAGAGGCUCGUGCUCGGCGGUGGGUGGCUGUACAAGCAGGAUAUUCGUAUGGAGAAUCUAAGGAAGGAGAAGGAAGCGAUGCAGCGGUACCUGGAUCUGGUCGACGACGUGCUAUUUGGCGGGCGAAAGAAUGGGCGGAGGGGCUGGGAGCGCGAGCGGGCGUCGAAGAGCAAAGGUAGGAGGGUCAGCGCGGGUGACGUCGAAGGAUACAUGGACUCGUGGUCGCGGAGGUCGUCGCGCCGAGUGGUAUCUGCGGGCAUGAUUGACCAGAUGCGGGAUUUGACUUUGAGUGAAGAACCCGAACAGAUGGAGUCACUCGCAGAAGAGGAAGAGGGAGAAAGCGUGGAUGAAGAUGAGUUACCAGAGUGGGCGAAGCGUAGUGCGUUUGAGAAUGAUCCACUGGGUCGCGCACAUGCCGUGUUAUCGGAAUUACUGCCUGAACACUUACGCUCGAAACUACCACCAGCCCCACCAGACCGGUCUGCACUUCUUCUGGCUCUGUCAUCAGGGCAGCUGUUGUGUGUCUCAUACAACGCCGGUGUCCGCCGGUCUCGGAAACCCUGGGGAUUCAUCAAUAAAGACGAAAUCCACGAUAUAUUGGCUAUGGAGCAGGGUCUGACCGCUGAGGAGAAGGCAGAGAGGAACAGGACUGGCUGGACGUACCGGCGCCUGGAUAACCUACGGCUGUGGUCCGGAGGUCUCAAGUUACGCUACUCUUUACCCAUCCAUAUCCUCCCCAAGCCGGGCGUACCACUGAAUCUGAACGUUACUCCGACACCAUCGCCACAACCCUCGCCUGGAUUGAAGACCAAAUUCUCGUCGGCUGAGCUACCGUUCACUUUCGACACGAGAACGAUCGCGCGGAAAGACAAUGGUUGGGAGGAGAUGCUCGAGACAGCUGUGGUCAAAUGGGCCAACGCUGUCGCAGAGGAACAGAGAGGUGAACGUUAAGGUCUGUCGAGACGGAAGAGAUGUACAAGGGCGGAAUCACUAAAUAAUAUUAUAGUUAUCUAUGCUACCGACAGUGUCUCUGAUACCAUGC